CCCCCGUCCACUCGCGGCCUUACGUUGUGUUGCAUUGCACCUUCCGAUCAUACGCCGAGCAUGCUACUCCUCCUCCUCCCUGUGCUUUCCCUCUCCCUGGCUUUGCUGCCUCUGUGCUCUGCCUACGCGAUGAGCGCGUUGUGAGUCGAGUUGCAACCAGCGCGAGUCGUCGAGUCGAGUCAUCAUCUCCGUUACGAACUUCAUGGUCGGCUCGCUUCAGCCGUAUCUGCAGCCGUGUCCGUACGGCAUCUGCGCUACUCUGCUUUGCCUCACCGCAGUACCGCGUUGUCCUCCGCGUGUCCAGCCUAUUCGGGAUGGUGUCGCCCGUCUCUGCCUCCUGCUCUUGUUGCUGUUGCUAUUGCUGUUGCUAUGCUGUGCGCGGGCUGGUACGUGGCACCUACGUAUCCUCGUGCGCUCCCUUGCUUGCCCUGGCCCAGCGAUUGCCUCUCCUUUCCUCCUCCCCCUCCUCGUCACAUCGCAUCUCCCCUCCCCCCCUUCUCCACCACACGAACGCCAACCUCACCAUGCUCGCCCUCCCCACGCCUUCCCUCGCCUCUCUCCUCGCCCUCCUCGCCUUCGUCGUCACGAUGCUCGACGCCUUUAUGACGACAGACAUCCAAGCCCUCUGCGCUCGAGAGACGGUUCAUUGUGAGUGUGUGUGUGUGCGCGCUCGUGUGCCCAUAAGGGCAAAAUCACGUCGAGCUGACCUCAAGCCCCUCGCACACCUCACCAUCAGGCGUACAGUGCGCCCCCCUUCGCCAGCGCCUCGCUACAUUACGCUACUCAGCCUCACUCCUCACGCCGCGCGCGCCCAGCAUGCCUCCAAAGGAAAAGCUCACCCCACCUACGGCGACGGUGGAGAUCAAUAUGCCGGACGAGUUUCUUGGAUCGUGCGUUGCGUCGUGCGCGUGGUGGUUUGUCGCCGGAAUGAGGGCCUGACCUGUUCUCGCCUCAUUCUCUAUCGCUCCCUCGAAGGGACAUCACCCCAGGACAUGGUAAGUCGUCGACGUAGCGUAGCGCAGCGCCUCUCCUCUCGACGGUGUGCAGCUCAGCUUUGCUCCUCCUCGCCGGACUCUGCCGCCCUGCUUCCGGGCACGGCAGUAAUCGCAGCCUUUCCCGACAACUCGGCGGGAACGGUUCGUUUCCUCUGUGCGGGGGAUCAGGUGAGUCCUUGCCCGUUGCCCGUGUCCCGGCCGGCACGCUGUCGUAGUGCUCUCCGCUCAUCCAUCCCCUUGAUUCUGACGAUCGGCCCACCCUACGCUGAACGCUUCGCGCCUCACCCCGCUCGUUGCUCGCCCCUCACCUCUCCCCUUGCCCACCCCAGCAACUGGAAGAAUGGCGCCUCACCUUCUCCAACGCCCCCUGGCGAGGCUCGAGCAUAACAGCCGGGUGGUCGAACAGGGGCAGCGGCGGCGUGAGCUUCGAUGAUGGGCGAAAGAGUAGUGCGAGCAACGUGAG